CAGAGUCAUACGGCUCUAGACAUAGACUACGCAGUGUCAUAACCAGUGUAAAACAGGCUCAGCCGACACACUCACCCUCGUCUACGUUCGAGUCUGCCCGAGCUUUGCACUAGAGUCAGGCGCAGAGGCCAGCCCGCCGACACCUCCAAAACGACACUCACAUAUCUUCGCAUACACAGUGAGAAGCAGAGGAAGCGCAGAAAGAGCCAAUUGAGCAACUUUAGACAUGACAGGCGUGGCAGUUGACGGGGCUGUGGACCCAGAGACUUUGUAUACCAAGCAAAGCUGCAUAGGUGGUGGAAGCUUUGGCAAAGUGUACAAAGGAGUCGAUAAACGCAACGGCCAGUCGGUUGCAAUAAAAGUCAUAGACGUCGAGAAUGCCGAAGACGAGGUCGAAGACAUCAUACAGGAGAUAUCCAUCCUCUCAGAACUGCACUCGCCAUACGUCACUAGAUACUAUGGAAGCUAUCUCAAGGGCUCCGAUCUAUGGAUCAUAAUGGAAUUCUGUUCGGGGGGCAGCUGCGCGGACCUCAUGAAACCUGGCUUGAUCAAUGAGGACUACAUCAUGAUAAUAAUGAGAGAGCUACUUCAGGGAUUGGAAUAUCUACAUGGAGAUAACAAGCUCCAUAGGGAUAUUAAAGCUGCCAACGUAUUGCUGGGUUCAAACGGACAAGUCAAACUUGCAGACUUCGGCGUCUCGGGCCAGUUGUCUGCAACAAUGACAAAGAAGAAUACGUUUGUUGGGACACCUUUUUGGAUGGCUCCAGAAGUCAUCAAGCAAUCAGGCCAUGAUCAGAAGGCAGACAUAUGGUCGUUGGGAAUCACUGCCCUGGAAUUGGCGCUAGGUGAACCUCCCUUUGCCGACAUUCAUCCCAUGAAGGUGCUUUUUCUCAUCCCGCGGAAUCCGGCUCCAAAGCUAGAAGGGUCUCAGUUUAGUAGGCAAUUCAAGGACUUUGUGGAAGUCUGCUUGCAGAAGGAGCCGCGGGAUCGACCUACAGCAAAGGAAUUGCUGAGACAUCCAUUUAUUAGGAAGGGAAAGAGGACGAAUUACCUUACAGAGCUUAUCGAGCGACAUGAACGGUGGCGAACAAGUAGGGGAAAAUCUUCAUACGACUCAGACGACGAGUACGAUGAAGCACCACAGCAGCGAGAACCGAUAAAUGAGGAUCUUUGGGACUUUGGCACUGUCCGACCGAACAACGGUAGAGGUCAAGGGCUUCGACAAUUGAAUGAUGCCGCUGCGAAUGCAAGACUGGGUGGUGCUCCUUCGUCACCGACACGGCCGGUUUCGCCGCGCAAGCCUGUACCCGGACAAGGAGAGAAUGCAAGCCACCGAGGACAAGAGACGAUUCGCUUGUCAAAGCCCCCUCUUCAGAUCCCUCCAAGCCCAACAAAGACUGCAUUGUCAUCCGCUGUAUCAUUAUCUCCCUCGGCGUCGAAGAUACCGCUACCGCCGUCGCCGGACAAGACCCGGAUACCACAAACACCGUCGAAAGUAGUUGCAGUCCCAGAUAAUACGACUACCAGUCCAUCAAAACAAGUGGUCACACCUAGGAGGGCCAGUCGCAUGGCUCACGAGUUCGAUGACUUCCUACAGCAGUCUAUUGCGGCAGACAUGGAGGGACUUCAUCUGGAUGACCCGAUGACACCCAAACCUGCCAGGCCACAAAUCCAGUCGUCCCAGUCAUCUCGAUCUCAGCAUCCUCUUCCAGUACCCAAACUGAACAAUCCUAUUUCCUUGCCACCGAUACCUCCUUUCAAAGGCCAUCGUACCUCCACAAGUGCCGGCAGCCUCCACGAGCUUCCACCAACUCCGAAAGAAAAGCCUCUUCAACCUUUGUCGACACAACAGCCUCUACCUGCAUUCGUCCCACAAUCCACUCAAAUCUCGUCAUCUAUUCCGCCUGUGGCCAACAGUAAAGGCCGCGCCUCGAUGCGUUUAUCGGCCGCCCGGUCCACCCGACUCUCCAAUGCAUCCAUGUUAUCCACUGCCUCAAACUCGGAUCCGUUCACGACUCACGUCCCGCAAAAUCCCGCGGAAAUCACUGCUCUGAAUGGCGUGGUCCUGCCUGCCCUCCAGGCUGCACUUCAUCGUCGCACGUAUAACCUCAAUCUGCAGAUCAAAGCUGGUGGUGACAGUGCCGAAGCUAUGCAGCGCCGUAUACAUGCGCACGAGAACAUCAAGAAACUGGUCGAUAAAGCGGCGAGGUUGUUUUGCGAGAUUGAUGAGUGGGAUGAGAAGAGUCCUGUGGGGAUGGGCGGCGACGUGGUCGGAUUCUUGGAGGGCUUUUUGGAAGAAGUGCUUGUGAGAGUAGAGGCAGAGGAUGAGUAGGAGGACUGGGGAAGUGAGGAGGAGGAUGUGACGAGCUCCACAGGAGAUGGUGUAUGGCGCCUUCUAUUUUGCAUACGAUUUGGGUUUGGGCUGAACUGAACUGGAUUGC